UUGCUGCCGUCUAGCCUCCAGCCCACGCAGUGGGGUGCGACAGCGCCCUGCCUUCCUGGGCAGACACAGGCUCUGGGAAGCCUGCCCAGCAAGGGGUGUCAUCCCUCCCUCUGGGGGCUCCUUAGAGCUCAGUGCUCAGUGCUGUGGUAGCCCUGGGUGCCACUUUACACACCUCAGACACCUGGCCAUGACCCCUCUCUCGCUGUCCACAUAUUUGUGGCCAUCCGCCCUUCCUAGUGAGGUGGGGUCAGGGUCACCCACAGACAACGCUCCCGGCCAGUGCAGGUGCUCCCCAGGGUGCUCUAGCCUUGCUUGAGGGUCACUGCACCUGAGCAGCCAAACCCCCCAUCCUAGUGCCAAGCCAAACCCUGGGGGCCCCUCAGCACAGCUCCCUCCGUUCUCUGUGCCCGUGCUUGCCCCCACCUGUCCCCUGCGCCUCCAGCGUGCUCAGCACUAGUGCUCAGCAGAGGGCGGGACCCCCAUUUUCUCAGGAAGCCCAUCUUCCUCCAUUGCCCAGCCCCCCACCCUUGCCCUUCAAGGCCCCGCGGCCUCCUGCCAUUUCCGGCCCGCACUGCACUCCCUGCCAGUCAGGAGGCCCUGGGCCACCCAGAUGGCCUCACCCAGGGGCCCCCAGGGUCAGAAUGGGUUGUGCAGGGCCUGUCUUGACCCUGACCCUGCCCUCAGCUGCAGGACCACCCCCCAUGGCAGUGGGCUGCGCAGCCUGGGCCCCCAGAGCCUGCAGCGGCGGCCUGACUGACUUCUCCCUGCAGGUGCCGCCCGAGCCGCCUGCAGACCGAGGCCCCCCGCCAUGCAGCUGUGCCAAGGUGCCUCCGGCAUGGCUGCGGCCGAGGUGCCCGGCUACCUGGUGUCUCCCCAGGCGGAGAAGCACCGGCGGGCGCGCAACUGGACGGAUGCCGAGAUGCGCGGCCUCAUGCUGGUCUGGGAGGAGUUCUUCGAGGAGCUGAAGCAGACCAAGCGCAACGCGCGCGUCUACGAGAAGAUGGCCAGCAAGCUGCUGGAGAUGACGGGCGAGCGGCGGCUGGGCGAGGAGAUCAAGAUUAAGAUCACCAACAUGACCUUCCAGUACAGGAAGCUAAAGUGCAUGGCAGACAGCGAGUCCGUGCCGCCCGACUGGCCCUAUUACCUCGCCAUCGACAGGAUCCUGGCCAAGGUGCCCGAGUCCUACGAUGGCAAACUGGCCGACAGCCAGCAGCCCGGGCCCUCCACGUCCCAGACCGAGGCCUCCUUGUCACCCUCCGCCAAGUCCACCCCUGUGUAUGUGCCAUACAAGCAGUGCUCGUACGAGGGCCGCUGCCAGGACGCCGGCUCCGACUCCUCCAGCUCACUCUCCCUCAAGUUCAGGUCGGAUGAGCGGCCACUGAAGAAGCGCAAGGCGCCGGGCUGCCCGCUGCAGAGGAAGAAGCUGCGGGUGCUAGAGGCCAUGCUGGACGAACAGCGCAAGCUCAGCCGUGCCGUGGAGGAGACGUGCCGCGAGGUGCGCCGCGUGCUGGACCAGCAGAACCUGCUGCAGGUGCAGAGCCUCCAGCUGCAGGAGCGCAUGAUGAGCCUGCUGGAGCGCAUCAUCGCCAAGUCCAGCUCGUGAGCGGCCCGGAGCACGUCAGCGCCAGCCCAGUGCUCCCGAGCACGUCAGUGCCAAGUCCAGCGCAUGAAUGGCCCGGAGAACUUCAGUGCCAGGCCCAGCGCCCCGGAGCACGUCAGCACCAGGCCCAGCACUGUGGCCAUCCUGGGCUAGACUAGGGGCUCUCGUGAUCCAGCUCCCAACAUAUGACCAGGCCCCAGACCUGUGCCAGGCCAUUCCCCCAUGAGAACAUUCUAGAAUCCACUCUCUGGUAUAAUCACUCUCCACGAUACUUGAAAAUGGCUUUUGAUAUUAAAUGUGUAAUUUUGCA